AUGUCAGCUCAAGUUGUCCCGAGCACCAACCUUGUGGGCAAGUUCACGCAGAGCGUACGUCGCAUUGUACAGGAUGUUAAAGAUGAGGGCACUUCCAGCGGGCAGACAAAAGAAGAAGUUAUAGAAACGAAUGAACGUCUACGCGCAGUGCGAAUACGACUCGACGAAAACUAUGACACAGCGAAGAAAGCUCUCGUCACUCUCAUGGGACGAUACAACGAGUCCAAGGCUGAGAGGAACGUCUUCACUAGAUACGCCCUACUCAAGGCUAUGAUCAAGGAUGUGAUUCGUCUGGAAACACAAUACUGGUCUCUAGUUGAGAUCCCGAAACAAGAGAAAGCGGAGACGGUACCGGCGUUCGUGCUCCGCGCCUGCGCUAUCAUGGAGAAGACGCAGAAGUCAGGAGAAGGAGUCAAAACUUCCACUAAACUUGCUGAAGAAGCCGCAGACCGCAAAGAGAGAAUAGAGAGAUUGAAUGAUAUGACAACAUCUCAAAUAGAGACGGAGAACACGCAGAUGACUAACGAUCUCUAUCGUCUGCUCAAGAAGUACACCGGACUGAGGAACCUCAUCAGAGAAUUGAAGUCGGAGUACGUGAGCUCCAAAGUGUAUCCGAUGUUCCCACGAUACACGAUGCUGAAGGACAUGAUCAAGGAUAUCAUGCACGACCCCGACUACAUGGAGGUCUGCCAUGAGGUGGACCCGUAGCGCGGGGUCCGCAAAUAGUUGAGAAGCUCUUUCACCGACCGCCGGAGGUCGAGUCGCCGCUAGCGAGCCCAACGGGGACGUAGACGUAGGGGGUUUAACCCUCAUACUCUGACUACGUUUAUGUCAGUGGCUACAAUUUCUAUGCUUGAUGUU